AAAUCAACAGCUAGAGGCUUGAAACUUUGACACAGCUGGGUGUUCCAACAGGACAAUGACCCCAAACGCAUCAAAACUGGUUUUGAAUUCAUAAAGCAGUCUAACAUGGAGCAUCUGGACUGGCCUCCCCAAAGCCCCGACCUUAAACCUAUUAAAAACUUUUGGUCUAUACUUAAAAGCUGAAUCUGAGCCACAAAACCAACCAAUUUAAAUUAACUUUGUUUCCAAGAAGUGUGGUCAAAUAUCCAGCCAGAUUUAUGUCAGAAGCUGAUCUCUACCAAAAGAGUCUGGCCGAGACUCGCCAUCACCAGUGUGUGAAUGUGUGUGUGAAUGGGUGAAUGACUGAAUGUAGUGUAAAGCGCUUUGGGGUCCUUAGGGACUGAGUAAAGCGCUAUACAAAUACAUGCCACUUACCAUUUAAUCAAAUAUUAUAUGGGUUAUAUGUCAUCAUUGAAGACGCUGAUUUCUGUAAUAAACGUUUUCAAUUUAAAAUAUGUUAUUAAAAGAAUAUUUUCUAAGUCAGGAUAAAAAGGAAUAUCAUUCUUUGACUUUAAAUAGAACAGAUGAUUGCAAAAUAGGAUGUGGAUUAUUUACUUUUUGGUUGAGAGUCAGUCCACUCGUGACAUGGUGAACGGCCUGCAGGCCAGGAAAAUCAACCUGCUCUUACUGACAUUAGAGGAAAUAAUAUUUGACCAUUUUUAUUAAGGACAGAAGGGUUUUGUCACUUUUGUAGUAAGAACAGGACCCAACGCAGGACUUUUCCAAAAAGUGACAGUGAAUUUAUUUACAGUGAAGAAAGGUAAACAACAACGUGACAAUCCCCACACCGUGGCUCCCAUGGCGAUUUCUCUAAAAUCCCACAUUGGUGCGUGUCCUUGGCGUGAAUCGUGAAACUCCAAAUCCCAAACUGUACAGCUCCUGUGAAACACUCCAUUAACAAAUCCUGGCAAGACAAGACACACACAAAGUCUUCACUAUGAGGCCGGGGAUGUACUGCUGAGUAAACUCAACGAUCCAGGGUUGCCUGAAGCUCAGCCCCACAGUUAAGAGGGAGACUGCACGUGAUGAUAAUCAGCUGAUAAGCAGACACAUGGGCGGGGCGACCAGCGAGGGCAGCCAGCUCAAGAUAAACCCAAGAAAUACUGACAAGCCCAAAAAACACAUGAACCCUGGGUCUGGCCAUGACAGGUUUUCGUCCCAGCUUUGGUUAAUAUUUAUUAUAUGUUUUAAUGCAUAUAUGUAGUUAUUUUAAAGCCCAAUCUUUUUGGAAAAAUUCAGCUCUCAUAACUUUGAUUUAAUUACACACUUUUGAAAUCUGUGGUGGUGUUGUAUCAAACCUUUUAUUUCUUAGUUUUUGCUUUUUUGCUUGCUUGCAUUUAUAUAGUGUGGUACUUACUGAACCUCUGUUGUUGCUUUGUUUGCUUUUCUCUGUUCACUGGCCUUUCUCUGUAGGUAUGUUUAUUAAAGUUUGGGGAAGGAAUUAUGCAACGCAGAAUGGGUUGGGAUAGAUACAAUGGGAGGAGCUAAAACAUGUCAACAUACUUUGAACCUUAAUUGUUUGCAACCAUGGACACAAAAAGUCAAAUAAACAUACUGAGAAACUGCCUGGGUGCAUUUCCAGCAAAGCCAUGUUUGUAAAGUUAUAGUAAAUUAUUAGAAAGCAUAACCUUCCUGGGACUUUUCCUUCAGAGAUCCUUGAGAUAACUUGUUGAAGCAGACAUGGAGAGCGACUCUGAAACACACAGUGAUGAUGAUACUACUCCAGAUGACUGGAUGGCUAUGGUUGUAGACAGUCCAGAUGGAAGUCCUGCUGCCAGUCCUGCUGCUACACAGAAACCCUCAGAAGAAGAGGAUUUUAAACUGUCCCUGAUCACCUGGAAUGUGGACGGGCUUGAUGUGGAAAACCUUCCAGAGCGUUCCAGAGGCCUGGUUAAAUAUUUAAACUUACACAACCCUGAUGUGGUGUUCCUGCAGGAGCUCGUUCCCCCUUAUGUCCAGUUCUUGAAGGAACAGCUCAUCAAUUACCUGAUGAUUGAAGGUGGUUGGAACGGUUGCUUUACAGGGAUGUUGCUGAAAAAGUCACGAGUCAAACUUGUGGAGAGCGAGAUGGUAGCUUAUCCCACCACUAAGAUGAGGAGGAACCUGCUGGUCGCUCAGGUGAUCGUCAACGGUCAGAAGCUGUGCCUGAUGACAUCCCACUUUGAGAGCUGUAAGGAAAAUACUGCAGAGCGUCUGAAUCAGCUGCAUGUGGUGAAGCGGAGGUUGAAACAUGCACCUGAUGAUGUCACCGUUGUGUUUGGGGGAGACACAAACCUGAGGGAUGCGGAGGUGACCAAGGUGGGCCUGCCUGCAACUGUCUGUGAUGUGUGGGAGCGACUGGGCAAGCAGGAGCACUGCCGCUACACGUGGGACACCUCUGCCAACAACAACAAAACGUUUCCCUUUGUCGCUCGCUGCCGCUUUGACAGAAUCUACCUCCGCCCGGCCAUCAGAGGUGGAAUCCCACGUCUGGUCCCUGAUCACAUGGCCUUGGUGGGGCUGGAGAAGCUGGACUGUGGACGCUACACUAGUGAUCACUGGGGAAUCUACUGCACCUUCACAGCUGAAUAGAACUACACAAAACAACCAAAAACAUGACAGUUAAGCAUUUUAUUUUAGAUCAGCCGCUCUUUAAAUUACUGUAAUGCUAUGCAGGAAGAUGUUCUUAUUGCCUGUAAAUGAUUCACCUUAAUUUAAUCAGUUUUAUACUCUAAUGUGUGUCUGCUUAAGUGUUUUAUGUGGUUAAAAUGACAAAUUAAAA